AUGAACUCAAGAUCCCUUAUUCACUCAUACAUCAUCUGCUUCUCUCUCCUAACCACGAUCACUUUCUCUUCCGUGGAUCCAAAGUUCGAAGCUUGCAAGCCCAAAACCUGUGGGAAUGGUCAAAACAUAAGCUUCCCGUUCUACAUCCAAGGGAAACAAGAACCCUUUUGUGGGUAUCCAGGUUUUGAGCUCACUUGUGCUCACAAUGGCUUCCCAAUUCUCAAUUUAAUCGAUACCCAAUACACCAUCCAUAAAAUUUUCUACACAAACCACACACUCAGAGUGUCCAACCCUGUGUUUUCAGAAUCAACCACCUCUUCAUGUAUUUCUCCAACUCAGAACCUCACAGUUGGCAAGUACAGGUUCCGACUUGCUGCCAACCAAAAGGACAUGUUGUUGUUCUAUGGCUGCGACUUAACAUCGCUUCCUGAAGGGAUGCAAGAGCACAACAUUGGGUGUUCUGCAGAAAAUGAAACGAGUUCAGUCGUGGCCUUGUAUAGGGAGGAUCAAGAUUUGAGCAUAGCAUCGAAGAAUUGCAAAGGUAGAAUGGUGAACACAAGUGUAGAAGAUGAGAAAGGUGGGAACAUUAAAGAGGCACUGAGGAAAGGGUUUGUGUUGGAUUGGAAUGCGAGUAAUUGCAGCGAGUGCACGAGCAGUGGAGGAAGAUGCGGGUUCGACACUGACCCUGUUACAUACGCUUUCAGAUGCUAUUGUCCUGAUAGAGUUCAUGCUGCGAGAUGUGAUCCAAAGCCAAAGAGGUUGAGUAAGGCAGGAAAACUAGGCGUAGGUUUAGGUGUUGGGCUCCUAAGCAUCUUGAUAAUUGGGUUGCUCCUUCUAGUUUACAAACGAAAACAUGGAGGUCAAUUCCAAACAAGAAAUACUUACCCAAAUCCCACCUCUAAUACAGAUAUAGAGAGUGACAGUGCGUACUUUGGAGUUCCCCUCUUCUCCUACAAGGAGCUUGCAGAAGCAACAAGCCAUUUCGACCAUGAUAAACAAAUUGGAGAUGGAGGCUUUGGGACUGUCUACUAUGGGAAACUCCGAGAUCAACGGGAAGUUGCUGUCAAGCACUUAUAUGAGCACAACUACAGGCGUGUAGAGCAGUUCAUGAAUGAAGUUCAAAUCCUCACACGUUUGCGCCAUAGAAAUCUUGUGUCACUCUAUGGCUGCACUUCGCGUCACAGCCGUGAACUCCUGCUUGUGUAUGAAUAUAUUCCAAAUGGCACAGUUGCUUGUCAUCUCCAUGGAGAAUUGGCAAAGCCUGGCUUACUACCAUGGUCUAUAAGAAUCAAAAUUGCCAUUGAGACUGCGAAUGCAUUGGCUUAUCUUCAUGCUUCUGAAAUCAUUCACCGUGAUGUGAAAACCAGCAACAUUCUACUUGACAACAGUUUUUGUGUCAAAGUUGCAGACUUUGGCCUUUCAAGGUUAUUUCCCAAUGAUGUCACCCAUGUCUCAACCGCACCACAAGGGACCGCAGGUUAUGUUGAUCCAGAAUAUUAUCAAUGCUACCAGCUUACUAACAAGAGUGAUGUGUUUAGCUUUGGAGUGGUGCUCAUUGAGCUAAUAUCAUCUAAGCCAGCUGUGGAUACAAACAGGCUCAAGGAUGAAAUUAACUUGUCAAAUUUAGCCAUAAAGAAGAUUCAAGAAAAAGAAUUUAGUGAGCUGGUUGAUCCUGACAUUGGUUUUGAUUCAGACAAUGAGAUCAAGAGGAUGAUAGUUUCGGUGGCAGAGUUGGCUUUUCGAUGUUUGCAAGGGGACAAGGAAUUGAGACCUUCCAUGGAUGAAGUAUUGGAGGUGCUGAGGAGAAUUGAAAGCGGGAAGGAUGAGCCAGAGCAUCUAGAAGAAGCAGACGUUCAUGGUUCUGGGGUUUCUUCUCAUAGUAAUGUAUAUCCACCAUUGCCAACCUCACCAGAAAAGAUACCUUCUUCACCAAUAACCGUUACUGACAGCUGGGAAAGUAAAUCUACUACGCCUAGUGUCAGUUGUUAA